AUGACAAUGUUUGCUAACCAGCACCGCGUCGAGUUAUCUUAUCCUUUCUCAUCCCAUCUGAUCUAUUACUCGGUUGAUGAUCACAUCCUUCCUGUCUCUUUCAUCUCUCACUUUUGGAUCAUUGAUCUACCAACAACCACGUACCACAACUCGAGCAUAACCACUUCCAUUUACAUGGAUCAACCUACCAAAAACCCGUCUUCCAACACCCUGUCGACCUGGGAACAGGCUUACCACGACGCAUGGAGACACUUCCACGUUUGCAUUGAGGAAAUCAUCAACAGGCUGACCUGGGACAACUCAUUCCCCGAGGAUCGUCAAACGACGAUCGAGAAACUAGGCCGACUUCCAAUCGAGGUCGAUAAUAUUCGAAGCAUGGGACAGGCCAUGUUUGAGCAUGUCCCAGGCUGCGAAACCGUCCGAGAGCGGCCUCUUACCUACUUCAUCGACGAGUUCAUCCGGGACUGCAGCAAAACGGACUACAGGCUGCACAUGUUGUCCUGGAGACUCAUGAAUCGCCCGAACAGCGGGAGGACAGUCCACAAUCGCCUCAUUAGGCUUUUGGAGUCCGUUCGGGACCGCGUCCCCGGGUGA